UGUAAGAAACACAAAGAACCAACAUGGAGUUCAAAGCUAGUCUAUGCCUCGGUUUCUUACUCUCGUUCGCUCUUGUCAGCUCAGCUCGAAUCAUGUCUGAUUCAGUUUCAGGAAUACAAGGUAAUAGGAUUGUGAUAAACGAUUAUCCUGAUGCCGGUCCUAAUCCUAGUCAUAGUCCAAUAAUACCGUCGGCGCUGCUACCACCACCACAAUUUGAACCUGUUGAGGUUUCAGGAAUACAAGGUAAUAGGAUUGUGAUAAACGACUAUCCCGAUGCCGGUCCUAAUCCUAGUCAUAGUCCAAUAAUACCGUCAGCGCUGCUACCACCACCACAAUUUGAAGAUUUUGACGUUGUCACGAAGCCCUAAACAAAUCUGUUUGUUGAAAUGGAACAUGUUGCUAGCAACAUCAGCAAGAGAGCUUAAAUAAAUAACUACUUUAUGUGUC